UCACCACCACAUUAAAGAAUUUUUCAUUUUUCGCUAACCACUAUGCAAGGCCACAUGUAAAGGUCAUAGGUCUGCCCACCCUUGGUAUCCUCCUCCAAAAGGCGUAAAGCGUAUGUGUAGAAGAAGAAAAAGAAAAAACCAAGGAGGGGAAAAUAAAAACAAACGUCCGAGGUUAGAAAUAAACAUCAAUCAAGAUCGAUUCAUCGACAACAACCAAAUCAGAAGAGACAACCGAGCGAGGGGGAACUACGAGUAUUGUAGAGUUAAGAAUGUUAAAAGCGUUUGGUCGAGACAAAAAGAGAAAAGAGAAAAAAGGCAUAGGCAACAUCAAUGCCCAAAAACACCAAAAAGAAAAAAAAAAUCAUACUCGGCGAAACCAAGAUAACAAACGGACAUGUGAGAGAACUGAGAUGGGUGACGAAGGAGAAUUGAAUGAACAAUUUAUACGAUGUAGAUGUGAUGAAUAAACGUGAAGGGGUGAUCGUGUGGAUCUCCUGGAAUUAGACGCCGAGAUGAAAGGAUGAUGAAAGGAUGGAAAAAACAAGAGUUUAAAAAAAAGAUUCCCCAACUCGCAGCUCGCGACUCAUAAUAAACUCUACUAUCUCUUCCUUGGAAUUAAGUGUUCGAUAAAAUCCAAUCAAAAAAAAAAGGGGGGGGGGGGGG